AUGUCUUUGAUUUAUUCACUGGAGCAGCUAUUUGAUAUUAGAAACUCUCCUUUUGUUAAGAAACCAGAUAGAUUACCUGACGGAAUAGGAUUUGAAUCUAAUAAUGUUGAUUAUAAUAAAAUGAAAGGUGAAUCUGAUAUUUUCAACAAAGAAAGACCGGGUAAUAUUGAAAUAUUUAAAAGUCAAAAAUCUUUUUAUACUUCGGAUUCAGAUAAAAUGCUUUUGACUCUAGAUUGUGAUUCUUCUAUGUCUUUUGUCUCCGCCCCUUUAAAGGCUAGGAAUAUUGGUAAUAAUGAUGAUAAUUCGAAAAAAGUGACUGAAUUUUGUAAUUCUUGGAAAAUUAUUGGACGUACUACAAAUUCUUUAGAAUCUAAUGAUUCUCUUGGGUGUAGAGCUAAUAAUGAUGAAAAACGUAUAAAUUUAAUACGAGUGGCACAUGAUAAUUCUAAGAUUAUAGAUAAACCAAUUUUUAGAGAUGAUAAAGGAAUUAUUGAAGAAAAGAAGAGUUAUAAACAUAAAACACGUACUGAUUUUCGUAAUAAAAAAUGUCGAAACUACUCUGUUCCUAUUGUCCAUGAAGAUGUAGCGUUGAAAAAAAUACUUUAUAGAAAUGAAAUCCAGGGCGUUGGUAUAUUGAAUUUAGAAAAUGUGGUAAAAAAUGAUUUUUCCGAUGAUUUUAAACAUUUGAAAACAGAUAUAAAAAAUAUAACUAAUAUUCCUAAUAUUUUUGAUAAUAAUUUAAAAAAUUAUUCUAAUUUAGAGCAUGCAAUUUUUUCUGAUGAGAUGAUUAAUAAAGAUAAAAUAUCUGCGUUGCGCGUUUCACAAAAGACGUUAUCUAUAGAACAUGAAAAAAAACGUAUUUUGGAUUCUAAUGAAAGUUUUUAUGAUAAUUCUCCUAAUUUCCCUCAAUCAAAGAUUGUUGAUGGUGGAUUUGACUCUGUACACUCUUUGUCAAAUUUGACACAUCCUUUAAAAUAUUCUGAUGUUAAUUCUAAUAAGACAUCUCGUUUUUUUAAUUUUUUUACCGCUGAUUCUAUAAAGUCUGAAAGUAAUGUUAGAAAAUUGAACUCAACUUCUUUGUUAAAUACUUGUUUUUCGGAUGAAACAACAAAUGAUAAUUUUUUAUCCACUAGGUUUUCGACUACUGGUUUAGUAAAUGAAUUGGAUUAUACACAUGAAGAUUCUCGAAUUUCUUUUUCUAAUUCUAGAACAAAUGAUGAUAUAGUUGGUUUUCAAAGAAUAAUGGCUAUGUUGAAAAAAUCAAAUCAGUCGAUUUCCAAUGAUCAUUUAGUAUCUUGCGAAAUGAUAUCUGAAGAUAUGACAUAUAAAAACAAUGAACAUCGUAUACAAGUUACUGAUGAUAUGACUAAAUAUGAAUCAGUUAUGAAUAAAGAUAGUUCCGAUUCAAAUUUUUUUAUGAGUUUACUUAAUCAGUCUUCUCGUUUAUCUUCCUUUCAUAAUGCUUCUGAAAAUGAGAUUUUACAAAUUUGUAAUAUUUCGAAUGAAAUGUCUAGAUAUAAUAGUAAAUAG